AUAUAUAUCUAGGAGAGGACAAAGGAAGAGAUUCUUCAAAAGCUUAACCUCGUCCUCAAUUCAUGGGUAGGGGACGAGAAAAACCCUCAAAGAUGGAAAUUGAUCUCUCUUUGAAGAUUGAUACUGAUGAUGAGCAAAAACAAGACAUGGAUGAGAGUGUGAAAGAGGAUGAGGAGGAAGAGAAAAUGACACAGAUUCCAGAUAAUAAUAAUAAGGAAGAAGUCCCUGAGACCCCAACUGGUGAAAUUGAAGACGAUGCAUCAGUGGUAGAAACAUCUUUGCAAGAUAACACAAAAACAAAAGAGUUAAAUGUCCUACAAAUGGAGAUGGAGAGCAUGAAAGAGGAAAACAAAGUUCUGAGGAAAGUGGUGGAACAAACAAUGAAAGACUACUAUGAUCUGCAAAUGAAAUUUUCAGCCAUCCAGGAAAACAAUAAAAGAAAGGAUCAUGAAAUCUCUCUCUCACUUCAAGACAUUGCAACCAGCAGUGGUGAAGAGCCAUCGAAAAUUCUUGAGAUCUUUAACAAAAAAAUUAUUCAAAGAGCUCCAUCUCCUCCAAACACUGAUGAUAGUUUAAGUGAGAGUGAAUUGGGUUUAUCACUAAGGUUGCAACCAAGCACAAGUGAAAAAGAAAGUGAUGUGGGAAAUAAUAAGGAAGAAAAGAAAGAUGAACAAUUGGCAAGUUUUGCAUCAUCAGUGCAGAACAAAUUUCAGCGGACACAUGAGUUGCCUGGUAUUACAACACAUGCUGCUUCCCCUCCUAACAGAAAGGCUAGGGUUUCGGUUAGAGCAAGAUGUGAGGCUGCCACGAUGAAUGAUGGGUGCCAAUGGAGAAAAUAUGGGCAGAAAAUUGCAAAAGGAAAUCCAUGUCCACGAGCUUAUUAUCGUUGCACUGUAGCUCCAGGGUGCCCCGUUAGGAAACAGGUGCAAAGAUGUAUAGAUGACAUGUCCAUACUUAUUACAACCUAUGAAGGGACACAUAACCAUCCACUCCCUGUUGGUGCAACUGCUAUGGCUUCUACAGCUUCUGCAGCAGCUUCCUUCAUGUUGCUAGACUCAAGCAACCACAUUUCAGAUGGCACCUCAAGUUUCACUCAAUUAGCACCCCUUCCUUACAACACCUUCCACCCCCUAAACCCUGCUUCAAACUUCAGGAGCAUUAGCCCCAGUGACCCUUCCAAAGGGAUUGUUCUUGAUCUCACCAACAACCUCAGUGAUCCACCACUACGUUUUUCAACUGGUGCUAGCUCCUCCAACCCUACAACUGAGCCUCGUUUUUCUUGGAUGCCAAACAGAUACCAAGGUGGUGGUGCCAUUGCAAUGAACAAUUUUCAUCACAAGGCUAGAGCAGUGGAUCAUGAUAGAAUUAUUUGGAAAGCAGAAGAAAGCAAUAAUAAGGCAAUAGAUCACGACAAUGUGUCCGCAAUUGCCUCAGAUCCUAAGUUUAGGGUUGCGGUUGCAGCAGCCAUAACAUCUCUCAUGAAUAAAGAGAGCCACACUACUCAUCCUAUAGGUACUUCGUUUGGUCCUAGGAGUGGAUCACAAAAUGGUAGCUAGCUAGCUAGCUCUAGUUACAGCAACUGAAUGCAUGGUAAGCCCCACUUGAUUUUCCACCUUCAUGAUAAAGAGUAAGUUUGAAGACAAAAAAAGUGAAUGUUAUUAUAUACGACAAUGUUUAUACCACAUUGUCCAAAUGACUUAAUUAUCAGGCAUUACAUUUUAUGUACCUUCAUAUAAAUAAUCUUACAGGGGGUGGUUUCUUCUGUUUUCCUUGUAAUUUUUUGUUGUUGUCGUUGUCGAUUGCUGUGGAGUUAAGAUUUGGGUGAUUAAUUAAUUAGUUGGAUGGCAUACACGUGAAGGACUUUUAGCUAAUGCAGUUAGCCAAGGCUCAAUUAUUAAAGUAUUAAUGCAAAGCCUUUCUUAACUGUGUUUUAAGCCUUUUAA